AUGGCUCCCAAGAAGGGCGACAAGGUGCCGGCCAAGAAGGUGGCCGUCUCCAAGGACAAGAGCAAGAAGAAGAGGUCCAAGCUGGAGACCUACAAGAUCUACCUGUACAAGGUCCUGAAGCAGGUGCACCCCGACACGGGCAUCUCCAGCAAGGCCAUGUCGAUCAUGAACUCCCUCUGCAACGACAUCUUCGAGCGCCUGGCCACGGAGGCCUCCAAGCUGGCGAAGUACAACAAGCGGCCCACCAUCACUAGCCGGGAGAUCCAGACAGCCGUGCGGCUGGUGCUGCCGGGCGAGCUGGCCAAGCACGCCGUCUCUGAGGGCACCAAGGCGGUUACGAAAUUCACGGCCCAGGGCUGA